UAGGCCUAUUUAUACCCCAACCCAUUUCCAUGUGAAUCACAAUCACUCAAAAGCUAAUCACUUCCUCUUUAAUCAAUAUCUCAAGCAUCAUUACAUAAGCAAAUCCUAUUCCCAUCAUGGCAGCAUCACUUCCAGCAAAUGACGACGAGUGGCGUGCGAUCCUGUCUCCUGACCAGUUUAAAGUUCUCAGAGAAAGAGCCACAGAUAAACGAGGCAAAGGAGAGUUUGUGAAAAAGUUUGACGAAGGAACUUAUAGUUGUGCUGGUUGUGGAUCUGCUAUUUACAAAUCCACCACUAAGUUCGACUCCGGUUGCGGCUGGCCGGCGUUCUUUGAUGCUAUCCCCGGUGCUAUUAAACAAACUCGAGAAGGCAUGGGUGGAAGAAGAAUGGAGAUAACAUGUGCAGUAUGUGAUGGACAUCUUGGCCAUUGUUUCAAAGGCGAAGGCUACUCUACUCCUACCGACCAACGUCACUGCGUUAACAGUGUCGCUCUCAAAUUCGCUGGUGCUGAUUCCUCCAAAUAAAUCUUCGUCGGACCACUUUAUCUCAAAUAAAAUAAUCUAUUCUAUGCUUCGUGAGAUGCUACUUUUACUUUCUUCCUACUCAUGUCAUAUUAUAAUAAAUCUACGUUUAAUUUCUAAAAUUAUAAUAAACUUUGGUAAUGAAUAAAAUUUCUUCUUUUUUGUUCCUA